AUGGGGACCCUAGAGGAGUUUUCCAGGCUGCCAAAGGGGCAGCUGCAGGAGGAAGAUCCAGAGCUACAGAUCCCCUUGUGGUGCCCUUCCGGCAGCUCCCCCCACUUUCCAUCCUCUCUCUCUCAUGUCCCCGUGGGGCUUUCCAGGCCAGUUGCAGCUGCCGAGCUCCCCCGGCCUGCUCUGCUCCCUGGCAUAUCUGGAGCUCCCUGCUCGCCCCGCAGCAGAGUCCCCAGGGCAGCGCCUGGCCCUGGCCCCCAGCGUGGAGGCCUGGAGCAGCAACGUGCAGCCCAGCAGCGACUGCAGGGGGCAGGGCAGCCCGGCUCCCAGGUACAUCUACACAGGCCCCGGGAAGCGCUUCCCCUCCAGCCGCCCCACCGCUUCGUACUCUGGUCCCUCUUCAGCACCUUCUUCUGCAACGUCUGCUGCCUCGGCUUCAUGGCUCUGGUCUUCUCCUUCAAGGCCAGGGAUCGUAAAGUUCUGGGUGACACCAAUGGAGCAGGAAGCAAGGGCAAGACUGCCAAGGGCCUGAACAUCACGGUCCUGCACCUGGCUUUUGGGAACACCAGUGCUCCUAUUAAUGCUGAUCUUGGGAGCAGCAUGGAUGUAGGGAACAUGGAAGAGGAGACCAACAGAGUCCUGCAGGGGACUUAG